CAUUUGGAGGAGAGGUGUUGGGUUUGUUCGGCACGUUUAAUAGGAAUAUAUAUCACAGGUCGAAGCUCAUCGUAUGGCUUCAGCCUCGCCGCCAGAUUCUUCACCUUCUCCUCCUUCUCCUCCUUCUCCUCCUUCUCCUUCAUCAGAUUCACCACCUCCAUCAUCUUCACCACCUCCAUCAUCAUCAUCAUCAUCAGCUCCACCACCAACAUCAGCUUCACCCCCUCCAUCUUCACCACCACCACCAGCAGAAAAACCUUCCCCUCCACCACCUUCAAAUAAAUCUCCGCCACCUUCAAAUAAAGCUCCGCCACCUUCAAAUAAAUCUCCGCCACCUCCAAGUAACUCAAAUUCUUCACCCCCACCACCAACUCACUCAAAUCCUUCACCUCCACCACCUUCCUCUCCCAGAAAAAACAAUAAUAAUGAUGGUAUUAACACGUCUUCACCGCCGCCACCUCCACAUUCUUCAUCAUCCAAAUCCCAUUCACCACCACGAUCUCUAUCGCCUAAAUCCUCAAGCACAUCAGGGAGUGGAUCAAUUAACGUUGUACCCAUUGUAAUUGGAGCCGUGGUAGGGGUGUCGGUGAUGCUGCUGCUUUUGUCCCUUGCAUUCCUGUGUACAGGCAAAAAGAAAAAGAAGAAGAGAAUAGAGAAUGAUUACUACGCAGAGCAACCUCCUGGAAACAAUGGUGGUAACUAUUACAAUGCUUCAACUCCUCAUCGUCCGGCUAAUAAUUGGCAGAAUGCGAACCAGUUUAACGCUGACAAAGCGGGUAGUCUACCUCCACCUCCUGGUACACAUCCAGCUUGGCAAACGCCGUCACCAUCACCAUCACCACCAACGCCAGGUCCGCAUCCACCACUUUCUUCUGGUGCAAUUGUAUCUGGUAGUGACACUAGUUCCAAUUUCUCAGGCCCCCAUGGUGCAGCCACGCCUCCUCCGCACCCAUCGGUUCUCGGGUUCACCCACAGCAGCUUCAACUAUGAUGAGCUAGCGGCAGCGACUAAUGGGUUCUCUCAGGCUAACCUAUUAGGCCAAGGAGGGUUCGGGUAUGUGCACAAAGGGGUGUUGCCUAAUGGAAAGGAAAUUGCAGUGAAAAGUUUGAAAGCUGGAAGCGGCCAAGGAGAUCGAGAAUUUCAAGCUGAAGUUGAGAUUAUUAGCCGUGUUCAUCAUCGCCAUCUUGUGUCCCUUGUCGGCUAUUGCAUUGCAGGUGGUCAGAGGCUACUGGCUUAUGAGUUUUUACCCAAUUCCACCCUCGAAUAUCACCUUUAUGGGCAUGGUCGCCCAACCAUGGAUUGGUCCACUAGGAUCAAAAUUGCCAUCGGAUCAGCCAAAGGACUUGCUUACUUGCAUGAAGACUGCCAUCCUCGCAUUAUCCACCGAGACAUUAAAGCUGCAAAUAUUUUGCUCGAUUAUAAUUUUGAAGCCAAGGUGGCAGAUUUUGGGUUGGCGAAGCUAUCUUCAGACACUAACACUCAUGUGUCGACUCGUGUUAUGGGGACUUUUGGAUACUUGGCUCCUGAGUAUGCAUCAAGUGGCAAACUUACUGAGAAGUCCGAUGUUUUCUCUUUUGGUGUCAUGUUAUUGGAACUCAUAACCGGACGCCGCCCUGUGGAUAUCAAUUCAGAUAUGGACGAGAGUUUAGUAGACUGGGCUAGACCAUUAUGUACAAGUGCCAUGGACAGUGGAAACUUCGUUGAGUUGGUGGAUCGACGACUGGAAGGCAACUAUGAUCCUGCCGAAAUGACUCGCAUGGUAGCUUGUGCUGGUGCAUCCAUUAGGCAUUCAGCAAGGAAAAGACCAAAAAUGAGCCAAAUUGUUCGAGCACUAGAAGGUGAUGGCUCGCUGGAGCACUUGAACGAAGGAGUGAAACCUGGACAAAGUUAUGUGUACAGUUCUUCGAGUUCUGAGUAUGACAGGGCCUCGUACUCUGAAGACAUGAAGAAGUUCAGAAAGGUGGUAAUGGACACUAGUCAUGAAUACACAAGCAGCGAAUAUGGUCGCACAAGCGAGUACGGGCUCAACCCUUCUUCCUCAAGCAGUGACGAAACGGACAAGAGUACUGAGCCAGAAACCCGAAGGCACGGUACCUCGAGUUGAGAAAAUUAAUGGAGGACGGUCGGAAUUAUCAUUUAUUGGGCGACUCGGAUAUUUGAUGAACAGAGUUGGAAUUUAAAAUGCAAGAUUAGUAUUACUCAGGUGCGAGAGAUAUAUAUUAAUUUUUCAUCAAAUGCCAG